AUGAGCAAAUUCGAGGUACAUUGCAUUGUUCGUUCAGGCCUGUUGCAUAUAUGUAAGCAAAUGAGUUCUGGUCACAGCAAAAUGCCUUCAGAUUCGAUAAAAGUAGUCCCUGGUAGGAGUAAACUACGGGUUGAAUCUUCAAACCCAGUUGCUAGAGGUAAUCCAAUGCGUAGAACUUCAAAAGUGAUGUUGAUCACACCAGAAGAAGCUAUGCAGCUAUCAUCUGGACUCAGUCAAGUGCCCACUCCUCCAGUUUCUGAAUCACCAAGACCUAAGAUUGCUCGUGUAACUCCUGUGUCACCAAGACCUAAGACUGCUCGUGCAACUCCUGUGUCACCAAGACCUAAGGCUGCUCGUGUAACUUUUGAGUCACCAAGACCUGUCCUGGCUGUUCAAACUCCUGAAACACCAAGACCUGUCUCAGAUGUUACUGCAAGAAGUUUAGUGUGUGGUCUUCCUGCUCCGAGUAUGAAUACUACAACAGUGAGACGGAAAACCACACCCAAAAAUUUCCAUCAAUCUACCGUUGACCUUCCUCCUAGUCCUCGUGCUUUGCAGAUUCGUGCAAGAAUUAAGCAAAAAGAUGUUAAUGCAACACAUACUAUAGAAGGGACAGUUGUAGAAGUUGGUGAUAAAGCUAAAGAUCAUGAUGCCAAGGAGACAUCUCAACCAACCUCUAGUGAAAGAAUCUCAGAGUUGCUUCAUUACUUUCCAGCUUUGCAUCCUACUUGGAAGGGACAUAUUGUAGAUUCUGCCACCAUGUCUGAGUUUGACUGCGAGUUUUGUGCUAAACCAGCAUCCAAUAUCACCAGGAAGGCACUGAGACUCUCCAAGGCGAUGCCUACGUUACUCGAGGUAGAACUGCUUCCAACAGGCCAUAUUCUGAAUAAUGUGUUUCACAGAACACCAAGGAUAUCGGAUGUGGAGCUCUAUCUUUUCUCAGAUGAGAAGGAAACAGAAAGGUCUAAAAGGGAACAUGCUCACCUGUUUGAGGCCAUGUCAACUCGCAAUGCCAUGAUCAAAGUUAAUAUAAAUGGCACAGAGUUGCUAAUAUUCUCCUCGAGACUAUUGGACAAGACUUCCCAGUUUUUCCUCAAGAAGCAGUACAAAACAGAAAACUAUCUUUGGGGUUUCUUUCUCCAUAACAAAACCUCACAAGCAACUUCUUAUCAACCUGACAGAGAUGUUGUUGACAUGGACAUAGACACUGACUACCCAACCCCUAAUCUAGCUCUCAAGCUAAUAGCAGAAUCACAAAGCAUUCCCUCAAGCUCACCAGUCAACGCACCUCCUGGUUUUGAGAAACCCUCUUCAAGAUCCCCCGGGAAGGUAGAUAAGCAUUUUCAGCUAUUGAGUAACAGUCAUAGUGAUGAGCAGUUUAGAUAG